AUGGGAGUAGCUUCUGCAAGCAAACAGAAAGGUCCAAGGUUCGAUGAGAAUUAUAGGGUUUCAUGGGGGCAGGAUCAUGUCAAGUCCUCAAUACAGGGCAGAGAAGUUCAGAUCUCCCUCGACAAAGAUACCGGUAACCACAAUGAGUUGGACUUUGAAUUCUUGGGCAACAGACAAGGAAAGCCAUACUUGGUUCAGACCAAUGUGUUUGUGAAUGGUAAAGGAGACAGAGAGCAGAGGGUUCGUCUAUGGUUUGAUCCCACAGCAGCCUUUCAUGGCUACUCAAUCCUCUGGAACCAACAUCAAGUAGUGUAA